AUGUGUCGUCGUCAGGGUAGACUUACGAUUUGCCUGAGGAGGGCGAGUCGUUGCUUUGAACCGCUGGCAAGGACGAUUUUUGUUGCAGCCAUGGAGGUCAGGGUCAGCGCGGUGGAUAAUUAUUUUAGAAGCUUGCUUAUCUUGUCGAAGAUGUUUAAAAAUUCCUGGGGAAAUCCGAAGUUUCUGGAAAAAGCUUUUGCUUUCCGAAAUUCGGUAAUGGGGAAAGGUAUAAUUAUGGAAGUGAUAGAAAGGAUGAAGCCCCGCAUGUGUAUCACUAAGGAGGCUCUGAAAAAGGAAGUGAAGUAUGUGGAAGGCUGGUUUGAAAGCCCUUUUGCUAAAGUUUUUCCUGAAAUGAUGCCCGAGAACGUUGGAAUCGCAGCCUGGAGGGGGAUAUUCCCAAAGUCUAAGAAAGGUCCUCUGGUCGUACAUUUAGCUGGUACUGGCGACCAUUCUUUUUACAGGCGGGAAGUUGGAUUCGCCAACGAUCUUGUGAAACAAGGUGUCAGUUCAAUACUUCUUCAGAAUCCUUUUUAUGGUAGUCGUCGUCCCCAGCAACAGUUUAGAUCAUCGUUAUUGAAUGUCUCCGACCUGUUUGUGAUGGGUGGAGCGUUGAUGGCGGAAUGUAAUUAUAUGUUGGAUUGGGCUCGAAGACUUGAGUAUUGGCCUGUAGGACUUUCAGGAGUUUCUAUGGGUGGCCAUAUGGUUUCGUUAGCGUGUACUAAUUCACCGUGGCCGGUAUCCGUGGUUCCUUGUCUUUCUUGGACAACUGCAGCACCAGUAUUUGUCCAGGGGGCUUUAUCACGAUCAAUCCCUUGGGACGUUUUAUCUAAAGAGUUCAUGUCGCAGGACUUCCAAAACGCCAUUCGUAAGAUCCCUGAGUGUGACUGGGUUGACCAGGCUUAUGAACUAGAUAGGAAAAAUGGCGAAACAUCCGUCUUUGGUCCAGCCAAGCAGUUUAUGUAUAUACUGAUGGAAGAGUUUACCAACCUCGGGAAGUACCCGAAACCCAUCGAUCCUACUCUUGUCAAGAGUGUAAUUGCUGAGUGUGAUGGUUACAUAGUAACCAGCGGUGUACCUUCUUUACAGGAACUUUGGCCAGGAGCACAAGUUGAAGUUUUAAAGGACAUGGGACAUUUCGCUGCUUACAUUGGUAACCACAGACUAUUUCGGCGCUGUAUUAUGGAAAUGCUGGACAGAAAUGAGCGUUUGUAUUGUUAG